AACUAAACACAUCAAUGGCAGCAACCGCGGUCCGUGUGUUCGGCAAACCGAUCACUCACGGAACUCGUACGCAACGGGCCCUAGCCGCUAAGAACAACCAGAACGCCGAUGGCAAGCUCGACCAGGCUUUGCAGUUGUCGAACCAGUUUCGGAAAGUGGCUGCAGGAGGGGGGAACGUGGCCACCGUUAACACCACGCUUGGGAUGGUUUACAACGCCACCGGUGAAACCGUGACUUACGUGACUUCGCAUGAUUGGGAAGGAAAUGCUUCCAGGGGGUAUAAGGUGAUCAUUCUGAACGGGCAAUGGGGCGUUUUCGAGCAUGAUGGUAACCGCCAAGGAUCGGUUGGGGCUGUUGUGUACGGCAUUAAGGACUGCUCUGAGUUCAUGAUCUCUUGGAACAACCCUUGGAAAAAUUGUGGAGGAAACAGCAACACUGCUUAUUGUGAGAUGAACGAUCCAGGAUACUUUGAGAACUGCGACUGGGAUGAAAUCCAUGAAAAACUGAUGGCUUCUGGUACCGAAUCCCAAACAAGUUGGAGAGGUUAUUCUACAAAAGUCAGCAUCCAGGCUGGAGGCAAUAUUGCUUCUGUCACUGCUUUUUUCUAUCUCGACGUCUAGAUGUCGAUCGAUUACGUCUCUCGCUCACUCGAUGAUAAUAAGUUCCAGGAAUUAGAUGUAUGGUUGUAAUUAGAAUAAGCCAAGCUUAUUAGAGAUGAUGGGGUUGGCUUAAGUGAAUUAAUGUUAAGAUAAAUAAAACGUUGGUCUUGGUCU